AUGUAUACAAUUAUUAUUUUACUCGAAAUUUUCUUGACUUUGGCAUUGUUCGUACAUUCAACUCCAUUGGAGGACCCUGUUAUCUUUGGGCACAAUCUUGCUAUCCGGUUCACUGGUGUAGCAAAUGAAGUUAUUGAGAAAGGUGCAAUAAUGAGCUUUUAUCAUGAUCAAAGCGGGAAAGUUGAUCACGAAGCAGAUUUUUGUAAGGAUUUUGUUGAACAAAGUGGAUUUGCAUGUCCAGUUGAGGGAGAUUUAGACUUGACUUCAACUAUGUAUUUAGAAAGUUCUCCUGAAGAACCCAAAAAUGUUUCAGAAAACGUAUAUACGAAAAUGAUACCUGUAAUACAAGGUUUUGAACAUGGAAUAACUGGUUUAGCACAUAAUUUACCUAAUGUUAUUGGUGCUAUGGAUGGAUUACAUAUACCUAUUCAUCCUCCUUCUAAGAAUGGUGCACGUUUUGUAAAUCGAAGUGUUCAUGAUGCUCGUGUUUUCUAUCGUUCUUCUCUUUAUCAUGAAAUUUCUCAUAAUCCUGAACAAUGGGUUCCAGAUUCAUUCUUCAAUGAGAAUGGUUGUGGAACAAGCAUUUGGGCUAUUAAAGGGGCGAUGGAGGAUUCUGUUAAAGGAAGUUAA